CUGACCCAGGCGGUGACGUCACGGGCUGUGUAAGCGUGCAAUGAUGGACAGUAGAGCAGCGGGUUAAAUGUUCCACUUUACUCCUCGUCCUGCUCCCUGGCUGCUGCUCCACGCUGACUUUUACUUCACUUUUUCUCGCCUUUUUUCCCCCGCGACAUGGUCCUGCCACGCUGAGAACGACCUCACAGGAAGCGGCGGUCGGGGAGAGGCCAGCGCACGUCCACGGAAGACACGGAAACGGUGUAAUGCUUUUGGGAGCGAACUUUGGACAUCCCAUCGCCAUGGCCGGCCCGACUCGCCCUCUCUGCAACGGCUCGGGACAAAGACGGGGGUUGCCAUGGUGAUCAUUUACAAGAAGACGCUGGAGAAGAAGGGCGCCGACGAUGUGACGUCCAAAAACACGCAUUUGAGCUCGUUCCAGGCGCAGACCAUGAGCCGGGGGACCACCCUCUUCUCUCCUGGACUCACGGAUACAAGGCGGUGGUGUGAGGCGGCCCACCAGAGGCCGGUCGGGACCAGCCUGGAGAGUCUGUGGGACGUCCUGCCCGAGGUGCACGGCAUGCCCGGCCAGUGGGGCUGGGACGUGGGCUCCGCCUCCAGCACCAUCACCAGCCUGCUGCAGGACCUCAGCCUGACCGAGGCGGCCUCCUCGCUGGUCACGGCGCCGCCCAGCAAGAGGCAGUGCCGGUCCUUGUCCUGCUCUGAUGAACUCCAUCGCAGCGCCUGGCGCCCCCAGGGCUCCCGCGUUUGGACCAGCGUGGAGAAAAGGCGGUGCCACAGCGGCGGUAGCGUCCAGCGCGGCGGAACCAGCGCCGCCGGCGCCGCUGCCUCCAGAGGGGCUCAAGCGGGCAUGCAGCGCAGCUCCAGCUUCAGCCUGCCCGCACGCUGCAACCCCCAAGACCUGCCCUGCUUCCCCACAGUCCAGCCCCUCUACCUCUCCCACGAACAGAUCCCCGAGCCCAUCAGCUCCCCGGACUCCACCCCCGAGCUGGAACGCCGCGGCGGCCUGGCCCGUAGCCGCUCGCAACCCUGCGUCCUCAACGACAAGAAGAUCGGCGUGAAGCGCAGGAGACCGGCGGACACGCAGAGGCCUUCGCUGGACCUGGCCAAGAUGACCCAGAAACUCCCUAACUUCCACAGCCUGAGCUGCCCCAGGAUUACGGGCCACGACAUCCACGAGUCCGGCCGAAGCCCGGCCCCUCCCGCCGGGGAGGACUCCUCCACGAACACUUCGGACCGCGUCCCGGGCGAGACCGAGCUCACCUUCGAGGAGACGGACCGGAUCGGGAAGACGAAGGCGCCUCUGUGGGCGGGGCUUUGCCACGCCGGGAAGGAGGGGGCGUAUCUCCUCGGCGGCGAACUCGACAUCGAGCAGAUCGAGAGGAACUGAGGACGGAGCGUUUUUCAAGUCUUAAAGCAGGGACGUUAUGCACUAAGGGGGGGGGGGGUCUUUUGGGCGUUGAACGAUUCGAUCCCAUUCCUGGGGGGCCGAUUCCAUUCAGAAUCGAUUCUUGAUUCAAACCGAUUCUCGCAAUUUUUAAUAAUAAUUACGUAACCCAAAACCAAUGAAGUUGGCACGUUUUGUAAAUGUUAAAUAAAAAUAAAAUAAAGUCAUUUGCAAAUCCUUUUCAACUUAUAUUCAGUUGAAUAGACUGCAAAGACAAGAUAUUUGAUGUUCCAACUGAGAAACUUCAUUAACUUAGAAUUUAAUGGCACAUUGCAAACAUUUUUUUUUUACCACUGUGUUACAUGGCCUUUCCUUUUAACAACACUCAGUAAACGUUUGGGAACUGAGGAGACCAGUUUUUGAAGCUUUUCAGGCGGAGUUGUUCAACAGUCCGGGGUCUCUGUUGUGGUAUUUUAGGCUUCAUAAUGUUGUCAAUGGGAGACAUGUCUGGACUACAGGCAGGCCAGUCUAGUACCCGCACUCUUUUACUAUGAAAUAAGCAGGGGCGUCCAUGAUAAACGUUACUUGGAUGGCAACAUAAGUUGCUCCAAAACCUGUAUGUACCUUUCAGCAUUAAUAGUACCUUCACAGAUGUGUAAGUUACCCAUGCCUUGGGCACUAAUACACCCCCAUACCAUCACCCAUGCUGGCUUUUGCACUUUGCGCCUAGAACAAUCCGGAUGAUUCUUUUCCUCUUUUUCUAACGACAUCCACAGUUAUCAAAAACAAUUUGAAAUGUGGACUCGUCAGACCUCAGAACACUUUUACAAUUUGCACCAGUCCAUCUUAGAUGAGCUCGGGCCCAGCGAAGCCGGCGGCGUUUCUGGGUGUUGUUGAUAAAUGGGUUGUACUUGUAUAGCGCUUUUCUACCUUCAAGGUACUCAAAGCGCUUUGACACUACUUCCACAUUUACCCAUUCACACACUGAUGGAGGGAGCUGCCAUGCAAGGCGCCAACCAGCACCCAUCAGGAGCAAGGGUGAAGUGUGCAAGUUACCCAUGCCUUGGGCACUAAUACACCCCCAUACCAUCACCCAUGCUGGCUUUUGCACUUUGCGCCUAGAACAAUCCGGAUGAUUCUUUUCCUCUUUGGUCCGGAGGACACGACAUCCACAGUUCUCAAAAACAAUUUGAAAUGUGGACUCGUCAGACCUCAGAAGACUUUUACAAUUUGCAUCAGUCCAUCUUAGAUGAGCUCGGGCCCAGCGAAGCCGGCGGAGUUUCUGGGUGUUGUUGAUAAAUGAUGAAUGAGUUGUACUUGUAUAGCGCUUUUCUACCUUCAAGGUACUCAAAGCGCUUUGACACUACUUCCACAUUCACACACACAUUCACACACUGAUGGAGGGAGCUGCCAUGCAAGGCGCCAAACAGCACCCAUCAGGAGCAAGGGUGAAGUGUGCAAGUUAACCAUGCCUUGGGCACUAAUACACCCCCAUACCAUCACCCAUGCUGGCUUUUGCACUUUGCGCCUAGAACAAUCCGGAUGAUUAUUUUCCUGUUUGGUCCGGCGGACACGACAUCCACAGUUAUCAAAAACAAUUUGAAAUGUGGACUCGUCAGACCUCAGAAGACUUUUACAAUUUGCAUCAGUCCAUCUUAGAUGAGAUCGGGCCCAGCGAAGCCGGCGGCGUUUCUGGGUGUUGUUGAUAAAUGAUAAUGUAUAGCGCUUUUCUACCUUCAAGGUACUCAAAGCGCUUUGACACUACUUCCACAUUCACACACACAUUCACACACUGAUGGAGGGAGCUGCCAUGCAAGGCGCCAACCAGCACCCAUCAGGAGCAAGGGUGAAGUUUCUUGCUCAGGACACAACGGACGUGACGAGGUUGGUACUAGGUGGGAUUUGAACCAGGGACCCUCGGGUUGCGCACGGCCACGCCGUCCCUGAUAAAUGGCUUUGGCUUUUGCAUGGUAGAGUUUUAACUUGGACAUACAGAUGUAGCGACCAACUGUAUUUAGUGACAGUGGUUUUUUUUCAAGUGUUCCUGAGCCCAUGUGGUGAUAUCCUUUACACACUGAUGUCAUUUUUUGAAUGCACGGGCAUUCAAUGUUGGUUUUCGACCUUGCAGCGAUUUUUCCAGAUUCUCUGAACCUUUUGACGACAUUACGGGCCGUAGACGGCGAAAUCCCUAAAUUCCUUGCAAUAGCUGGUUGAAAAAUGUUGUUCUUAACCAAUUUGCUCACGCAUUUGGUCACAAAGUGUUUACCCUUUGUUUGUGAACGACUGAGCAUUUCAUGGAAGCUGCUUUUUUUUUUUUUUUAUACCCACCUGUUCCCAAUUAGCCUGUUCACCUGUGUUUGAUGAGCAUUCCUCAACUUUCUCAGUCUUUCUCGCCACUUGUGCCAGCUUUUUCGAAACAUGUUACAGGCUUUAAAUUCCAAAAUAACUAAGUUGACCAGUUGGAACAUUAAAUAUCUUGUCUUUGCAGUCUAUUCAAGUGAAUAUAAGUUGAAAAGGAUUGGCAAAUCAUUGUAUUCUGUUUUUAUUUAACAAUUUACACAACUUGCCAACUUCACCGGUUUUGGGUUUUUGCAGAAUCGGGGAUGAGCGAGAAUCGGUGAUUCGGAUGCAAAGUUGAUUCUUUUCGUGCACUCCUUAUAUUAUUAUGCACUCAUCUUCCAGGGACUUCACUAGUCUUAAGCUGCGAGUACGGAGAGAAGCGUUGAAAACUUUAAAGCAGGGGUGUCGAACUCAAUUGUCGCCCAGGGGCCACAAGGAGGGCCGGACUAUUAAAAUCGUGGCAUUAAAACCCAAAAAAAAAUAUAGUUUUCUUUGUCUUACUUUGGCCCAAAAUAGAAUAAAAUAUUACGAUUAAAAUACAGGAAAAAAAAUACCGGCCGCGGUAAAGUCAAAAGUGAACUAAAUACAUUUAAUUAUGCAUGAAAGUGUUUUAUUUUUUAAUGAAUUAAAUAACGUUUAUGACAACCUUUUUUCCAUAACACAAUAUAGAAUGAGAGAUAUAACAGAAUAAUGCACACAUUUAGGCGGUAUAGCUCGAUUUGUAAAGGUGUUCCAGGUUCGAUCCCCGCUCCCGCCAUCCUAGUCACUGCCGUAGUGUCCUUGGGCAAGACACUCAACCCAAUUGCUCCCAGUACCACCCACACUGCUUGGAAUCUAACUUAGAUAUUAGGUUUCGCUAUGUAAAAGCGCUUUGAGUCACUAGAGAAAAAGCGCUAUAUAAAUAUAAUUCACUUCACUUCUACGACUGUAUAUAUCGGUAUCGGUUGAUAUCGGAAUCGGUAAUUAAGAGUUGGACAAUAUCGGGAUAUGGGCAAAAAAUGUGCAUCACAACAAUAUUAAAUAAAAAAUAGUCAAAUAAUUACCUCAGCUCCACCAAUGACUGAAUAAUAAUCAAUCAAUCAAUCAAUCAAUGUUUACUUAUAUAGCCCUAAAUCACAAGUGUCUCAAAGGGCUGCACAAACCACAACGACAUCCUCGGUUCAGAUCCCACAUAAGGGCAAAGGAAAAACUCACAACCCAGUGGGAUGUCAAUGAGAAUGACUAUGAGAAACCUUGGAGAGGACCCCCUGGGGGAGACCGGAUGCAAUGGACGUCAAGUGGGCCUGGCAUAAUAUAGUGAGAGUCCAGUCCAUAGUGGAUCUAACGUAAUAGUGAGAGUCCAGUCCAUAGUGGAUCUAACAUAAUAGUGAGAGUCCAGUCCAUAGUGGAUCUAACAUAAUAGUGAGAGUCCAGUCCAUAGUGGAUCUAACAUAAUAGUGAGAGUCCAGUCCAGAGCGGAUCUAGAAUAAUAUUGUGAAAGUCCAGUCCAUAGUGGAUCUAACAUAAUAGUGAGAGUCCAGUCCAUAGUGGAUCUGACAUAAUAGUGAGAGUCCAUUCCAUAGUGGAUCUAACAUUAGAAUGAGAGUCCAGUCCAUAGUGGAUCCAACAUAAUAGUGAGAGUCCAGUCCAUAGUGGAUCUAACAUAAUAGUGAGAGUCCAGUCCAUAGUGGAUCUAACAUAAUUUUGUGAAAGUCCAGUCCAUAGUGGAUCUAACAUAAUAGUGAGAGUCCAGUCCAUAGUGGAUCUAACAUAAUAGUGAGAGUCCAGUCCAUAGUGGAUCCAACAUCUUAGUGAGAGUCCAGUCCAUAGUGGAUCUAACAUAACAGUGAGAGUCCAGUCCAUAGUGGAUCUAACAUUAGAAUGAGAGUCCAGUCCAUAGUGGAUCCAACAUCUUAGUGAGAGUCCAGUCCAUAGUGGAUCUAACAUAAUUUUGUGAAAGUCCAGUCCAUAGUGGAUCUAACAUAAUAGUGAGAGUCCAGUCCAUAGUGGAUCUAACAUAAUAGUGAGAGUCCAGUCCAGAGCGGAUCUAGAAUAAUAUUGUGAAAGUCCAGUCCAUAGUGGAUCUAACAUAAUAGUGAGAGUCCAGUCCAUAGUGGAUCUGACAUAAUAGUGAGAGUCCAUUCCAUAGUGGAUCUAACAUUAGAAUGAGAGUCCAGUCCAUAGUGGAUCCAACAUAAUAGUGAGAGUCCAGUCCAUAGUGGAUCUAACAUAAUAGUGAGAGUCCAGUCCAUAGUGGAUCUAACAUAAUUUUGUGAAAGUCCAGUCCAUAGUGGAUCUAACAUAAUAGUGAGAGUCCAGUCCAUAGUGGAUCUAACAUAAUAGUGAGAGUCCAGUCCAUAGUGGAUCCAACAUCUUAGUGAGAGUCCAGUCCAUAGUGGAUCUAACAUAACAGUGAGAGUCCAGUCCAUAGUGGAUCUAACAUUAGAAUGAGAGUCCAGUCCAUAGUGGAUCCAACAUCUUAGUGAGAGUCCAGUCCAUAGUGGAUCUAACAUAAUUUUGUGAAAGUCCAGUCCAUAGUGGAUCUAACAUAAUAGUGAGAGUCCAGUCCAUAGUGGAUUCAACAUAAUAGUGAGAGUCCAGUCCAUAGUGGCUCUAACAUAAUAGUGAGAGUCCAGUCCAUAGUGGAUCCAAUAUAAUAAUGAGUCCAGUCCAUAGUGGAUCCAACAUAAUACUGAGAGUCCAGUCCAUAGUGGAUCUAGCAUAAUAUUGUGAAAGUCCAGUCCAUAGUGGAUCUAACAUAAUUUUGUGAAGGUCCAGUCCAUAGUGGAUCUAACAUAAUAGUGAAAGUCCAGUCCAUCGUGGAUCCAACAUAAUAGGGAAAGUCAAGUCCAAAGUGGAUCCAACAUAAUAGUGAGAGUCCAGUCCAUAGUGGAUCCAACAUAAUUAUGAGAGUCCAGUCCAUAGUGGAUCUAACAUAAUAGUGAGAGUCCAGUCCAUAGUGGAUCUAACAUAGUGAGAGUCCAGUCCAUAAUGGAUCAAACAGAAUAGUGAGAGUCCAGUCCAUAGUGGAUCAACAUAACUGUGAGAGUCCAGUCCAUAGUGGACCUAACAUAAUAGUGAGAGUCCAGUCCAUAGUGGAUCUAACAUAAUAGUCAGAAUCCAGUCCAUAGUGGAUCUAACAUAAUAGUGAGAGUCCAGUCCAUAGUGGAUCUAACAGAAUAUUGUGAAAGUCCAGUCCACAAUGGAUCCAACAUAAUAGUGAGAGUCCAGUCCAUAGUGGAUCCAACAUAAUAGUGAAAGUCAAGUCGAAAGUGGAUCCAACAUAAUAUUGAGAGUCUAGUCCAUAGUGGAUCCAACAUAAUAGUGAGAGUCCAGUCCAUAGUGGAUCUGACAUAAUAGUGAGAGUCCAGUCCAUAAUGGAUCCAACAUAUUAGUGAGAGUCCACGGUCCAUAGUGGAUCCAACAUAAUAGUGAGAGUCCAGUCCAUAGUGGGGCCAGAAAGAGACCAUCCCGAGCGGAGACGGGUCAGCAGCACAGAGAUGUCCCCAACCGAUGAAAAACAAAAAAUAAAUAAAUAUAAAACCAAUAUAAAAAUAAAUAUAAUUAAAAACGACUUUAAAGGGUAAAACCAAUUAAAACAAUCAAAAUUGUAAAAAAAAUAAUAAAAAUCAAUAAAAAAAUAAUCAACUAUCAUCCUGAUAGAUCAUUAAUUCGUCCUCAGGCCUUGACUUUGACACCCCUGCUCUAGACUAAGGUGAGCGCUCACAAUGCUGGAGAGAGAACUCCCCCGCAGGCUAGGACAAAUCAUCCGACCCGAACGGACUCUCCGAAGGAUCUCGGACCUCGUGGAGCGUCGUCUCUCCUGAGACGCCGGAGAGGAUCUACGGCCUUCAUGUUUGAUGCUUUUGUAACCGGGCGGGUUCUGUAAAUAGGAAUAAAUAAACAUGGUUUUAAAUGUG